AUGUCAGAAGUAUCAGACAGUGACGAUGAAGAAGAAGCACAACUCAGAUUAUCUCCAGUACAGCAACAUUAUCACCAGCUCAUCAGGCCUCUCCUUCCCAACAGGCCUUUCAAUUUCAGGGUAACCAAGCUGCCUCUCAUUCUCAAGAUUAUUCACCUUACCAUCCGACUCGCUACGUAUCUGGGUAUUCCUAGGCUUCUUGAUGCCUAUCCGAACCUGCAACCUAGAGAAUCUGAUCCUUCGGGUGAUGCAGAUAUGUCUCAGGACGAGGGAUCAGUUUACACAGAUGAGAUUGAUACGCUUGCUGAUCAUGAGGUCAGAGAGUUGAUUGUUGGUCCAAAUGCUCCAGUAUACGAUGGGACAAAAAACAGUGCCGUGGGUUUACUGUUUGCUUUGCUUCCUGUACUGGGUGGGACUUCUGGUGUCCUUCAAGGAGUGAUGUCCAUGACUAAAGUGUUGGUGUUGUUGAUUACAUUUUUGGCUGUUCUAACUAUAUUAUCUCGUACUUGUGUUCCUUGGUUACUUAAACUCAUGAUAAGCCUAUCAUCACAGACCAACGAACUAUAUCAGUUGGCAUCGGUUGCAUUCUGCUUGCUUGUAGCCUGGUGUAGUGACAAGCUGGGGCUAAGCGUAGAACUGGGUUUGUUUGCUGCUGGAGUGAUGAUAUCAACAACUGAUCUUGCUCAACAUACACUAGAUCAAGUUGAACCCAUUCGCAAUCUUUUUGCAGCUCUUUUCCUUGCCAGCAUUGGAAUGUUGAUCCAUGUUCAAUUUCUCUGGAACCAUGUGGAUAUAUUACUAGCAUAUGUUCUUCUGGUGAUCAUUGUAAAAACAAUUAUAAUCUCCGUUGUUGUCAACGGAUUUACCUACAACAACAAGACUUCACUUCUUGUAAGAUAUUGAUAGUCCACUAGUUAUGUUUGUGUUUGUGCGUGCACUAUUUUUUAGGGAAU